CGCCGUUGGAUGGUUUCACUAGUCCGACUAGGCAGCACGGCGUAGGCAGCAUGACGCGCUCAGAACGCAGCAAAAGCCGCCGAGUCCAACUACGCACCAACUAACUCGUGCUAGAGAUUGCUCAUAUCCAAGCGACCCACGUUGUUCCGAGGCAGACGGAAUUAAAGCCCGUCUCCCCGCUUCGAUGGCACCGCCGAUCGAUGCUGUUGUUCUCCGAGUACUUCCUGCCUGCCACCUCCUGCUCCUCUGACACCUUCCAUAUCUCUUGAUAUUCGACAAGCAAAAUGUCUACAACAUAUACUUCAGAAUCCCAGGUGGAAACCGCCUACCAAACCCUCCGCGAUACCUUCCGAUCGGGGCGCACUCGAGAACUCGCCUGGCGCAAAUGGCAGUUGAAGCAAUUGUGGUGGCUUCUCGAGGAUAACGAGCAGCGGAUUAUCGAUGCUCUCCACCACGAUCUCCAUCGCCACCCGUUCGAGUCGGUGCUCAGCGAGUUGCGCGGCAUAAAAAUGGACCUUCUGGACCAUGUGCAGAACAUUGAAAAAUGGACAGCCGAUCAGGUACCGGACUGCCCGCUCCCCAUGAAGUGGCUGCUGCGUCCGACCAUUCGCUACGAGCCACUUGGAGUCGCGCUGAUCAUCGGGCCCUGGAACUAUCCCACGUCCCUGAUCUUUCAGCCGUUGAUUGCGGCCAUCACAGCCGGCUGUGCCGUGAUGUUGAAGCCGUCGGAGAUCACCGUCGCCACGCAGGAUCUGAUGGUCGAGUUGAUUCCCAAGUACAUGGAUUCCAGCGCUAUUCAGGUGGUGACCGGAGGAGCAGCAGAGACUGGGAGCCUCCUGGCGAGGAAAUUCGACCACAUCUUUUUUACUGGGUCGGUGAAUGUAGCGAGACAUGUCGCCGCCGCCGCAGCUAAGAACCUGACCCCCACCACUCUGGAACUGGGAGGCCAAUGUCCGGCUAUUGUGACCAAGUCGGCUGAUAUCGAGGCCGCAGCUCGCGACAUCGCGUGGAUCAAGUUUGUCAAUUCGGGACAGAUCUGUCUCUCGGUGAACCAUGUGUUUGUCCAUCCCGACGUCGAGAAACAGCUGUUGGAGCGGUUGACGUUCUACUUCAACAAAUAUUUCAAGGAGGGAGAAGAAGGAAUGACGAGAAUUGUGAACCAGAGAAAUUACGAUCGCUUGAAGGGUCUGUUGGAGAAGACGGACGGCCGGGUGGAAACUGAUGCGGCCUUGAGCAACGAGAAGCGCCAGAUCCCUCCGUCUGUUGUGUCAAAUGUCAAUAUGAAAGACACGCUGCUUUCCGAAGAAUUAUUUGGGUCGAUCUGCCCGGUGAUGACAUCGGCCACCCAGGAUGCCAUUGACUCGAUUAACAGUCUUCCCGCGCCUCUUGGUCUAUACAUUUUUGGUCAUGACCACACGGAGAUUGAUCACAUCAUCUCAUCCACCCAAUCCGGUGGUGUCACCGUCAACUUGGUGGCUCUGCAUGCCGCCAUCCCCGGUGCUCCCUUCGGUGGUGUCGGAGAGUCAGGCCACGGCUACUACCACGGGCAAUGGGGAUUCAAGGAGUUCUCUCACAUGCGCACUAUCGCCAGGCCAAGACCGUUGAUCUCGAAACUUUCGGCUUUAGCACACCCGCCUUACUCCAUGGACGGUUUGAAAUGGCUCAGGGUCAAGAAUGGUCUAGGAUUUAAGCGAGAGUGGACUCUGGAGGACGAGAGAAGGGUCAGUAGUCGUGGAAAGUUGCUCAAGAUCAGCUCGCGUGCUAUUAACGUUCUCGUGGUUUUGGUGUCGCUUGGCUUGCUGGACUAUAAAUCGAAUCAGCGACUAGGAUUGCUACGCAGAGCUCUUGGGGCGGUUGAAUAUGCCAGGACGUGGUUUGGAUGAGAGUGUGUGCUACAAGGUGGCAAUUACUCACGGCUUGUGUGGCAUUCUUAAGCUAUACAAAUGUACUUAUGACGCUUUCUUCGAUCAUCAAGUGUAUGACUUCUACAUUUGAAAUCACUUAUGCGACUACCUGUG